AUGUUGUCCAUGCAAAAGACGCCCACCUUCAUCCUGCCCCCAACUGCGAAUCUCAACAACCACAACCCUCAUGGUAUCCAAUCCAACCCAACCGCGGAGCAUCGCAACUCCACCCGCGCUCUGAGCUUGUCGGAAAUCCCCGCCUUUCCCGAUGGUCCAUCCAUGGGCGAUGGUCUCUCUCGCCAUGAAAGCAUCAGUACCGACGGCACCUCCAACGAUUCUCCCGAGUCUUGGGACGGGGAAAGCCACUCUGAUAGCUGUCCCUCGGUCGACUAUGAGAUCAAAAUCCAUGACGGCUCGUACCCGUUCGUCGACUCAACAUUAGCCCCGCUCCCGUCCUCUUCGUCCUCCGCGACUGCCACCGCCAUUAUGACAGCCGGGUCAAAACAUUUCCAGAUUAACUACGUCACUUCUAAUAAUAUGAAUGUGUCCUUGACCGAUGACGUGACCCCCAAGGUCGAGGAGAUUGAUGGUGCGGAGGACUUGCGGAGCAUCAAAACCCUCGAGGCGGAGAACACGAUCGCCAGUGCGAGCAAUCAUCCCAAUACUACGACAACCACCACGGCCGCUCCCGCCAACGUCCCACGGAAACGUGGUCGCCCACGCAAACAUCCACUGCCAGUACCCGGGAGCCAGAUCAAGAUCACCAAGGGAAGAUCUAAGACGGGCUGUAUUACUUGUCGACGACGGAAGAAGAAAUGCGACGAGACAAAGCCAUCGUGUUUAAACUGCCAAAAGAACGCGGUCGUGUGCGAAGGGUACCCUCCCAAGGAGAUCUGGAAAAGCGGUAAACAGAAGAUGGAGGACGCUGUACCGCGCUCCCUACCUUUUCUCAUCGACGGGGUGGAAACGGAGAUCGACCGACGAUUCCUUGACCAUUUCGUCUACGGCUUCAGUCGUGUGCUGACAUUAAUCAACGAUGACACCAAUCCGUUCAAGGAAAUCCUCCUUCCCAUGGCGACUCAACACCGAGGGUUGAUGCACUCGCUCAUGUGCCUGUCCGGUUCACAUCUGUCGACGUUCGAUCCAGAGCCCAUGCUGAAGGAGCGCAAAUUCUACCACUUCCAUCAUGCUAUUCAAGAUCUCAAGGAGAGUAUCAUGUCCUCGAGUAUCAAAUCAUCGGGCGACUCCCAGGAGCCAGAGCUUUUGGUAGAGGAUCCUAUCAUCGCAUCGACCAUCGCUCUCAGUCUCAAUACGAUCUGCGAAGGGGAGACCAAUGGCGAGUACAGGCCGCAUAUGGAUGCGGCGAGGUAUCUGCUGGUGACCCAGCAACCACGAAACGAGAAAUUCCGACAGUUCAUCGUCGAGUUCUUCCAGUACCACGACGUAUCCAACUCGAUCACCUCUCUGGACCGGCGCCCCGCCCUCCGGAGCGAUGAUCUAAAACUUCCCGACUUUGUGCCUCAGCAGGCCGGAAUGUUUCUUGGCGUAUUCGACGGUUUGUUCAACUAUAUCUCCGAUGUAACAAGGUUGCGCGAUCGCAUUCGGCAGCGUUUCAACGAAGGGUACGAGCCUGCGGUGGACUACCAGAUCUUGAGCGAUGCCGUCUCGAUAGACUCGGCCAUCCGGGCAUGGGAAACAUCCCAUCCUCCCAACACACCAAACUGGUUCCUGGCCCAGCUGUACCGUCAGUCAACAUGGGUCUAUCUGUACCGUACUAUCCGCCCGUCCAAGCCCAGUGAUAAGAUAGCUCAGGUGGUGGACGAUGGUCUCUCCUACUUGGAUCAACUGCCGCAAGAUUCCGGAGCCUUUAGCAUUGUCCUGAUGCCCUUGUUCCUCCUUGGUUGCUCAGCAUUCCUUCCUCGUCAGCGAGAACGGAUACAGAAAGGCUUCGAGUCCCUCAAGGCUUACUCCAACCUGCGCAAUAUCGAACCCGCCUUCAAGGUGGUUCGACGGGUAUGGGAGAUCAUGGAUACCAAAACCGAAGACAGCUGGGACUGGGAGAAGAUCAUCAACGAUAUGAACAUGGACUUCCUCAUCACCUAG